AGCCGUUCGAUACGGCGCGCGCUCACGUCAUGUGAUUCAAAGCCUCCGGAAAACGGCAGCAGAUUACAGACUGACUGAACUCGUACUGCUCGGUGGAGAGGUUUCCUCCGCUUCAGCCAACAAACUAAACUGAAUUAGAGUUCUGUCGCGAAAGAGCAGACGGUGGAAAAAAAUGGACUUGGCCCAUCAUGGUCUCGUUCUCCUUAAGCGCCUCAAUGCUCAGAGAGAGUUUGGUUUUCUCUGUGACUGUACUGUGGCCAUCGGGGAUGUUCUUUUCAAAGCCCACAAAGCCGUUCUUGCAGCGUUCUCAAACUACUUCCGUAUGCUGUUCAUCCAUCAAGACAGUAACUGUGUUCGACUGAGGCCUUCAGACAUACAAGCAGAUAUCUUCAGCUACCUGCUAAACUUAAUGUACACUGGAAAAUUCACCACACAGCCCAUUGACCCUCUUCGCCUUGAGCAAGGUGUAAAAUUCCUGCAUGCCUACCCUUUAUUACAGGAGGCAAGUCUUCUUAUAAACCCCGAGUCCCAGUAUGUACCUUUGACAAACUCGCUUUAUGGAAUACAGAUACCUGAUCAGACAUACAGUCGGCCUGAAAGAAAUACAGCAUGCAAGGAUGGCAUUUAUGCUAAAAACUCUGAAAACAUUCACCGAGAAUUUUUGGAAAUUUCUGAUAUGGAUUACAGAUCUCCACAACCUGUCGGCAUAGAGUCACCCACCCAGAAACCUGCAGCCACGAUGUUCCGACACCUCACAUAUGGCAUAAUGAGUAAGAGUGCUUCCUCCAGAAAGCAUUACACCUGUAAUUAUUGUGGAAUCCAUUUUAACCAGAGGUGCAAGUUGAAGGAACAUCUCCUUGUCCACACCAACAAAGCAACUGAGCCACAGGUGUUGUCUAUGCAAAAUGGUCACACUAUUGAGUUUGAAGUUCAGGAUAUGGAAGAGGACCAUUUGCGUGUUGACAGUGAUGUUAUUAGUGAUACCGAUCAACAGGCGUGGAUGGAAGACACCCUGCCGCCCUCUGAAAUGGUUGAUAUAGACAACCUGGAGGGCACCGAGAUGGGUCGUGAAAUAAAACGCCGAAAAUUUGAGUGUCCAACCUGUGCACGCAAGUUUAUUCAGAAAAGUCACUGGCGUGAGCACAUGUACAUUCACACUGGAAAGCCAUAUAAGUGCAGUGCUUGCGGAAAGAACUUCUGCAGAGCCAAUCAAGCUGCUCGACACGUUUGUCUGAGUCAGGACACAGACUCGUACAUUAUGGUCAACAAACAGAGUUUGGUUCUGUGUGGUGGAGAAGACAACAGUCAAGUGGAAGCUCUCUUUCAGUCUUCUGAAAGACCUUAUAAAUGUAGCAUGUGUGCAGCACCUUUUGCAAGUCCUUCUGAGGUUCCCAAACAUCAGUGUUUGACUGAGAGCGACGCUGUACCAUUGGCAGAAAAUUCACUGGGGGAAAAUCAAAAGAAGGACUUGGAGACAACUAUUCCUGAAGUAACCAUUCCUUCUUGAAAUGUCAUGCUAAAGCAGUAUUAGCUUAUUGCCAGUAUUUAACUAUUUGUAUGUUUGUGUUGUUAUGAACUAAGAGAUAAGUAUUUUUUUAAGGUCCACUGCAUUUUCAUGUCUUUUUUUCUAUUGAAAGGUCAUUUGUGAAUUAGUUUGAAACGAAUAAAAUGCCAAAACUUAAUGUUUCCAAUCAGAAACACUUCUGAGUUACCUCGUUAAGUAAUUCAACAUUGCAAGUAGAAGAAAAAAACAGCAUAUUAUGAGGCUGUCUUUCAUCCAUUCGCCAAAAGA